UUCUGCUGGUUUAAUUUGAAAAUGAAUUAAUUAGCGGUGCUUUGUUUUUUUAAAUGCUGACGAUCAAGUAAACAACGACAUUUAUUACAUAUUACUGUUAGUUUUUCCCAGAUGUAAUAAAAAUACGAGAGAGAGCAAGUUGCGCUUCGAUUAUUGCGAAAUACGGACAGAAUGUCGUUUUCAUGGAGCUGUGUAUUGAGUUCUCGGUUAUGUGUCCAAAUCUUUGCUGCUCCUUCCAGUGUUAUUCACGUGCGAUGGGCCAGCAAUAAAGUCAAUCCCAAAGAAUUAGAGAAAGCCACUGAAUUUUAUCCUGAUAUAGAACCCAAAAGCGAUCUUGCGAGCGCUUUGAGCCGUGGAGAAGAUGGUGAAGGACCGUGGACGUUUACCAGCUUUGACGGAGAAGUUUAUGACAAGGAGAGGAUAGCGCGGGAUGUAUCACGCAUGGCUCCUCAUCUCCGAGAUCGUAUGGCGCAUGUCAACAAGCCACCAAAGAACUACUUCAAAUUCCAGAAUUCUGCACAGUAUAUGCGUCAACAAUAUGCGAGGUUUGGCCGAAAAUCCGGAAUCAAGCCGGGAGUAAUGUGGCCAAGUCGGGAAGAGAUCCUUCGUACAAUACAGCGAGAGAAAGAUUUAGGAAUUCCAACGCUGCAGGAGUCCUGGACAGUCGUAUCUGAAAGAAAAAAGAAAACUGAGGAGGAGACGCGCUUAUAUGACGAAGAAGUAGAGCGAAAUAUGGCUAACAUGCCCAAAGAAAUUCGUGCUUUCGAAGAGAAGCAGAGGAAAGUCCAAGAAGCACUGGAAGCUGAGAAGGCUAAGCGCGCCAAACUGAUGGAAGAAGCACGCGAACUCCUUGGUUUUCAAGUGGAUCCGCGCGAUCCUCGCUUUCAGGAGUUAUUGGAACAGAAGGAAAAAGAAGCCAAGAAGCUCGCGAAAGCUCAGAAGAAGAAAGAAAAGGAAGCUAAAGCAAUUGCUAGGUUGACCUCCACUGAGCCGACGUAGUCUUUGUAGCUAUCCGCGCAGUGUAUCUCACGAGUUAUUGGGUCUUCAGCAGGAGAAUGGAAGUGGUGAUGAAUAUUGAUUAGGAAGCUCAGGCGCUUUUUGUUUAAGCCUUGCUUAUGUAUGAUCAUAGUCAUCAUACAUAAAAAAAAUAAAUUCUACAUAAAAAAUUCGACAACUAAAGCGAAUUCGGCAACUGAAGCGUGAUAAUAUUAAAUAUGGAUUUUUAUUUAGAUCGAGCUUGUAAUUGUCCAGUUGUCCAGCAGGC